AUGUUUGCCAUGCCGGCUGAGGCCGCUCAGAAGGUUGCGCGAAAUGCGCACUUGUUGGGCUUAUUGAGCAAAGGCCAGAUAUAUACAAGAGUAAUUAGUAGUUUAGAUGCAGAUGCAUUGGGAGCGGGAAAGGUUUUGCUAGAAUUGCGAUCUCUCUUCCAGAAACAGCUGCCGAAGAUGCCCAAGGAGUAUGUAACGCGGCUGGUCUUUGAUGUCAAGCACAAAUCGAUGGUGCUCUUGGAAGGGCCGGAAGAGAAGAUAGUUGGAGGAAUUUGUUACCGACUCUUCUUUGACAACUCGUUUGUAGAGAUAGUCUUCUGUGCGGUGAACAGUGAGUCACAAAUCAAAGGGUUUGGUGAGUUUAUGAUGUGCAUGUUACGGGAAACGAUUAAGAAAGAGUUUCGGGCCGAGGAAGAGCGAACAGGCCAAGUAAGAGGAAAAGAGCCCAUCUAUCUUUUGACCUAUGCUGAUAACUAUGCAAUUGGAUACUUUAAGAAGCAAGGGUUUACCAAGCAGAUUUCCUUUACGGAAUGGCAAGGCCGGAUCAAGGACUAUGAAGGCGGCACAAUGAUGCAAGGCAGGGUUUUGCCGGAGCUAGACUAUUUACAGAUGUAUGGGCGAUUGCAGCAACGCCGGGCCGCGCUGAUUGAGAUGGUGAAACAGCGGUGCCCUGAAAUGUACAAAGAAUACGUUAUGCCGGAGUCACUAGCCGCUAUAGAAGACAUUCCAGGUCUGGCCGAGUCUGGGUUUAAUGAGCAAAUGAAGGCGGCUUUAGGAGCACGGGGGAGUUUGAAAGAACUGCUUCUCUAUUUGUGCAACGAGCUGCAAAAUCACAACACAGCAUGGCCGUUUUUAGAGCCGGUUAGUGCACAAGACGUGCCAGAUUACUAUCAGGUGAUUAAAAAUCCAAUGGAUCUCAGUACGAUUCAACAGAAGAUCCAAAGCGACCAGUAUACUUCUUUUGAUGAGAUGGACCAAGACAUCCAGCAAAUUGUCCAGAACUGCUAUAUCUAUAAUGCACCGGGUUCGCAGUAUGCCAAGUGUGCCAAGUCGCUCAAUGAGUUUUAUCAAAACAAGGUCAAGUGGUGCCGCGAAGCUCUUUCCCGGCGCUAA